CACUCAGUGACAGCAUGUUCCCACUUUCGUAACUACGACGAACCUUACCCUACCUCCUCGUCUUCGUCGACCUUCAACUACAACAUCAUCAUAUAUGAACUCUCACUCCUUCAAUCUUUUAUCCAAAACCCAAUUCAUCAAUGGAAGAAGAAACGAACAGCACCGUGCAAGAACAAUCUGUGAUUGCUGCUGCAACAGCAACCAAAGCUUAUCGAGGGGUUCGAAAGAGGAAGUGGGGGAAAUGGGUGUCAGAAAUCAGGGAGCCAGGGAAGAAAACAAGAAUCUGGCUUGGGAGCUAUGAGCAACCUGAAAUGGCAGCAGCGGCGUAUGAUGUGGCGGCAUUCCACUUGAAAGGACAUGCGGCGAGGCUCAACUUCCCGGAGCUGGCUGAGACAAUGCCACGACCGGCUAGCUCGAAAGCUGAAGAUGUUGUAUUGGCAGCACAACAAGCAGCAUUAAUGCUCAAGAGAUCAUCACCACCACCACCAAUGCCUGAGGGAGGUAGUGGUGGUGGUGGUGCUCCUGACCCUGCUGCUGUGCGUGUUGGGCUGUCACCGGCACAGAUACAGGCCAUCAAUGAGUGUCCCAUGGAUUCACCGAAUAUGUGGAUGCAAAUGGCGGCAGAUACACUCAUGUUUGAUGAUGAGUCUAUGAAGACGGUGUACUCGAAUUGUAAUGGAGAUGAUGAGGUUAUGGAGUUGAGUGGGUGGGAAGAAACACAAUUUGAGUAUAAGUCCUUGUGGGACUCCUGGUCCUGAACUACACUCUAGAGUCUAGAAUAAUAACACUAAUAAAUAUUCAAUGCACACCCUUGAUUUUGGGGUCAUUUUAUAUUUUAUUUGGAGAGGGCAAAGCCCAAUUCAUUUUUUAAUUAAUUAUAGUACCAUAUGGUAUAGUAUGAGAUUGAUUCAAUGAAGCAAAAGGAGUAACUAUUUUAUUUUAUGUCCA